AUAUGCCUCCGCGGGGGAGGGGCAUUAAAACCUGCAGUGUCUAGCGGCAAUUGGGUACAUAUAUUUUGUUGUCUGUUUCUGAUGCCUGAGGUUACAUGCAAAGAUUUGCAGAAGUUGGAGCCUUGGGACUUAGGAGGGUUGUCUCCAUGGAGACUGGCUUCCCGCUGCAGUUUGAGAAGCUGCGCCCUGCAAGCUGUGUUGCGGUCCCGUCGUUACAUAACAAGAGAUCACUUCCCUGAGCUGUAUGCUUUAAGUGAGCGAAAGGGGGCCUUCUUUCUUAAGCGGGCCUUGCCUGCAGCAGCAGCUGCAGCCCGCCGCAGCACAGCAGCUGCUGCUGCCGCGGCAGCGGCAGCUGCGGCUGCUACUGCGGGGCUGCCUGGCAGCAGCAGCAAUGCAUUCGGAACCCCCUCCAAGGGGAACACAGCAACACACGCAGCCACCCCAACGCCUGGUUCUGCUGCUGCUUCUUCGGUCACUUCAACCCGGCGAUCAGCAGCGGCGGCAGCAGCUGCAGCUGCAGCUACCCCGCAUGCUGGUGGAGGUGCGCUUGCAGCGAACACGCCUGCCACUGCAGCCCAGGGAGCACACACUCUGACGGCAGCAGGGGGCAGAGGCGCAGGUGCCGAGGGUUCAGCAACAGCAGCAACACCAGCAGCAGCACCAGCAGCGUCUGCAUCAGGGGCGAAGGCCGGAGGAGAGACCCCGGGGACAGCAGCAGCAGCAGCAGCAGCAGCACCAGCGGCAGAGGAGAGCGUAGAGCGAACGGUCCUUGAGGAGAUUGAUUUCUACCAGGACCAUUGCUGCGCCGUUUGUUUGCUGCCUAGAGCAACAGCAAGCAGCACCAACCCCUUCUUCUAUUGCGCCAGGUGUGGGCUAACUGUACACCGCCUGUGCUACGGAGUGCCUCUUGAAUGUCUCCCUGCUGCGCUGCGCCCAGAUCUGCAGCUGCAGCAGCAGCAUGAUACGUGUGGCAGCUCGUUGAAACGGCUGAAACAGACCACCGGGAUGCAGGACAAUGGUAAUAACAGUAGCAGCAGCAGUGCCAAGACAGCAGGUUCUUCGUCUGAAGGGCAGGACGGCACCAGCAGUGGCAGCGCAAGCAGCAGCAGCAGCAGCAGCAGCACUCCAGCGACGCCAGCUGCCAUCCUAAGAGGGACGAAGCGCCUUCAUUCGGAAGUAGCAGGAGCAUCAACAACAGCAGACACCGGCAGCAGCCGCAGCAACGAGCCGUAUGUGCCAGUUCCUUUCCUCUGUGAGCCUUGCCGCUACGCGCCGAACAGAGAGGAAGUACAUUGCGCUAUUUGCCCGCGUCGAGGCGGUGCACUCAAGCUCUGGCUGCCUGCCUCGUCGGGGUUAACGCUAGAUAACCUUUCUGCGACUCCUGCUGCUGCCGCUGCUGCUGCCAUUGCUGCUGCUGUCAGCUGCAGUAAGGAGACACCCCUUCAGUUCGUACACAUGCUCUGCGCACUGUGGACGCCGGGAGUAGAAGCUGCAGAGACAGACAGCCUAUCUCCCAUCGUUGGAGUGGAUGCUGCGCUGCAGCGGCAGCUGCAGCAGACCGCAUGCCCGAGCACAAGCAGCAGCAGCAGCAUCACCCGAGAGGACGGGGAGACGCCAAAGAAACAACAGAAGCAGCAGGAAGCGCAGACACAGCAGCAGCAGCAGCCGACUGCCACGGGGGCUGCCGCGUCGGAAGCUGGGUUGCAGCCAUCGUCUGCGCCGCCGCAGCAGCAGCAGGAGCAACCACUAGUCCAGCAGCCUCAAAAGGAGCAGCAACCACAAGAGCUCUCCGUUGGUUCUGCAGGCGUUGCUGGUGUCUGUUCCAUUUGCGGGCUCUCUUGGGGCUUGCUGCUGCGCUGCUGCGCCUCGAAGUGUCUGCUGCAGUUCCAUGCUCUCUGUGCCUUGCUGCGUGGCUGCUUCAUGGAGAUGGCAGAGGCUCCUUUAAGCCCCACGGCCUUCACCGCCUCCGCAUUCUGUCUAGAGGCAAGUAGAGCAAGGCACUCGCAGACGCGCAACCAAAUCUCCCACAGUGUCCGGCUGCUGCUCCGUCUUCGCUCCUUUUUGGAACUCUCCCGCAUGCUGGUUGGAGCUGUAUCUGAACGGGAGAGCAGCAAGCGCCUGUACAUACAGCAGCAACGGAAGAGUCUUGCUUCUGCGUAUCCAAUCCACCCAUCUGACGGCCUCGGCAACCCCUCGCAACAGCGAACGACCACACAGCGGCAGCAGCAGCAGGAACCGAUGGAACCUAUGCUUGUAGAUGGAGGGGCACGGAGCAGCAGCAGCGAGACUACUGCCAAGCCUGGCGAAACAGGCUUCCGGUGUACCAACCUUUCCGAACAGCAGCUGCAGCAGCUGGUGCAGCAGCAGCUGCAGCAACGGAAGCAGCAGCAACAAGGUGGAGGGGCGCUGAAGGCGAAGUUGCUGCAUCUUCUUGCCUCGGGGACUGCUGCAGCUCGAAGGGAGGCCAUGGCGCUGGCAGCGGCGGAGCAAAAAACAUGGGAGGCGAUCCUUGCUGAUGUUCCCCCAGCUGCUGCGGGUACUGACAAGAGCUCGGGAGCGGCAGGAGAAGCAAAAGGGGCAGCAGCAGUAACAGAAGCAUCAAAAGCCACUGUUGCUGCUUCAGAGAGUGAGGGAAGGAUUCCGGCGUCGCUGAGCAGCAACAGCAGCAGUGGCAGUGAGAGCUGUAGCAGCAACUACGUCGGGGGAGAAGAUGACUUUGGAGUUGCUGAGGGUCUCUUUAUCGACGAUGCUGCUGAUGACAGUUCAGUUAAGGAAAAGUAUUUGUCUCUUUUUGUCAGUGGCCUCCCCACAGCUGGAGCGGCGGCAGGAACAGCAACUGCAGCAACAAACGAGGCUGCCGAGGAGACCGACAUGCUUCCGGUGCCAAACCCGCACCAGGCUGCUGCUGCUGCAGAGGAGCAGGGUCAGCAGCAGCACGGAUUGCUUUGCAGCUGCUGGAAGCAGGUAUCUGACAGCCCGAUAUCGACAGCAGCAGCAGCUUCUGCUGCAGCAGACGCGGCAGCAGCAGAUCAGGACCCUGUUUGUGCCUGUCCUGAAGCCGUCAGGAGGUAUCUCGUUGGUGCAGCAGCCCUGAAGGCUCUGCAGCAACUGCGGCUCUUCUUGGUGCAGCAGCAGCAGCAAGAAAAGCAGGAAUCUCUGCAUGGGGACGGUUCUGGUACGCCACAGCCACCUGUACAGAGGGACGCAGCAUCGUCAUUUCGGGCGAGGGCGGCGGCGGCAGCACCUCGAUCGUCAGCAACAGCAGCAACAACAACAGCAGCAGUAUUGCCACUAGGCAAUGACAGCAGCUACGUCUUGGAGCUGUCUCAUCUUCAUCCUCUGCUGUCUCCUCUUUUGAGGGACCCGACCAAUGAAGUGCUGCUGGAGGCGCUGGUUGAUGCUGCUGCAAGCUGCAGGUACACCUGCUGGUGCUCUUUCGUCGCGGCAGUCAGCAAAAGCAGCAACAGCAACAACAGCAGCAACGCAAACAGUAUCAGCAAUGGUUGUGGGGGCGUCGACCCCGCUAAUACUUCAGCUGCAGCACAGACACCACAGCUGGUGCAUCCAGCAGAUACGUCAUCUUCAGCAGCAGCAACAGCAACAGCUGCUGCUGCUGCACUAGACCUGGCGACCCAGCAGCUGCAGUUGUGGACGGGCUUUAUCGUUGCCGCUCUCCGCGAGGCUGCAAUAGCAGCAGAAGCAGCAGCAGCAGCUCGGGCCGCACAUUCCGGUGCAUGCGCUGCCGGAGCGUCGGUGCUGCAGCGGCUGCUACACCCGAGCAACAACAAAUGGUCUGGUGCUGCGGUUGCUGAGAAGGCCUCACUGCCGCCUGAAUGGAGAGGCAGCAUAAGAAGAGGCGUCGCAGCAAUCGGGCGCCGUGUCGCCCUGUACUCACCGUACAUGGCUGUUUGGUAUGGAGGGCUCAUUGUCUUCUGCAGCAGCAGCAGCAACAGCAGGAGCUUGCACUGGGCUGACCGUUAUCUUAUAGCCUACGAUGAUGGGGACUGCUCAUGGGUGCAGCUGGAGGGCCUCGGCGAUUGUGUCCUCUUCAGUGUACAGACAGAGCAGCGGCAGCUGUGGAUGGAGGCGCUCAAGAGGCGGCGGCGGCGCAAGGUGCACCAUGCGGUGUCUCAACACCUCAAGGAGUUGCAGCGAACCCACACAGGGCCAUGCGCAGAAACCACUGCCAGCGCGGUCGACCCGCCCCAACCACAGCAGCAGCAACAGGAGGGUGCGAAGGGGGGCUCCACUACCUCUGACGUGUUAUAG